AUGACAAUGUUGUAUCAUGGCUCGCACCCCGCACAUCCAUUGAGGGCCCUAAAAAACCCAAAGGCUGGUGUAUUAUGUUCCAUCUGCAAGUCGUCUGCCCAUCCCUCCAUGGCGGAAUGGCACAUCUGCAUGCACGAGAAGUGUGGAUACAUUCUCUGUUCCAAGUGCUCUGAAAUCGACGAACAGAUGCUUGAUGUCCCGCAGGUCAUCACACGGAACCCGGUGCUGGGACACGAGGACAUGACUGUGUGCCUGCGCGCCCGUCCGUGUAGCACUGCCCAGAUGUUAUCCCCACUUUACUCCAGCCAGUUAAUGGUUGCCGUUUCCAGUGCCAAAGGGACUGUCGAUGCAAACGAGACGUAUUAUCGGGUGAAAGCGGGUGGAUGGCUUAACGUUUCCCAUGUUGUGCGUAUCCUUCCAUCGCAAAAACUUGUUAAGGAGCUUACCGAAAAUCAUUUGCGGGCCGAUGAGCAACAAUCUAUUGAAUUAAUGGAUCUGAAGGCCCUUUUUCUUUGCAUCGACGAGAGCUUUAGGCUUAUGGAUGAUCGUUCUCCGUACGGAACAGUCAUGGCAUCACUUACCUUCUUUCCAUUGCUGCAGUACUCCUCAAGUAUGCACUUGCUUUCGCCAGAAGACCGUAUUGCCCUUCUCCGUGUGGCGCUGGGGUUGAUUCAUUACCUUUUUCACUUUGUACUAGAUGAGGUCAGUGAAUGGAUGAGCAACGCGGAGUAUAGAGUAAGGCUGACGCUGCUGACACUUUACGUGGAGCUUUUAGCAAAGUCGCUUCUUGUGGUACGUAACAUGGCGGAAAGUCAAAUUCUGGCGCUUCCUCACCGACUUGGCCCGCUCAUAACACGGACCGCCGCGGUGGCGCUGAAGCUCAUUCCAGUCGUUGAGUGUGGGCUGCCCCCAUACGAAAAUGUUACAGAAUUGUUGCGUGCGCCAUCUGUUGCCGGUCACCCGGUGAAUGUCGAAGAAGGAAAGUCCCGUCUCUAUUCUUAUUGUUGCAAUAUGGUGGAAACGGCGGGGUGGUUGCUGUUGCAUACACCCACCUUUACGUACGACCUCAAGGGUCUUCGCCCUCUCCGCGCAGCCGUCUCUAUUGUCCCCAAUUCGGAGAGUCUCGAGCGCAUGCUUUGCUGCGUUGUGACCAACGCGCUGGAGAGAAUGCCAUCACUGCAGAGACGUGUUCAUGAGCUGGAUGUUAUAGAAGUCGCCAUUUCGCUUGCCAAAAGGGAGAUAAGUGCUGAAAGUCAGAUGGCGGUGUUUGGGCUUAUUGCUGCUAUUGCGCACAAUUCGCCGAGUAACAUCUCACAAAUGGUGUCGUUUGUUAUUGCACCAUUGAUUCAUCUGGCCAUGGAAGCCCGGAACACUGCAGUAGCUAAUGCAGCUUUUGACUGUUUUGUGGAACUCACCCACAACGGCCGUCGACUGGAUGACCCCCGAGCAAAUUCACAUAAUGAGGAGUCAAUGCUUUCACUGUGUUCUGCGGCCCUUUACCCGCAGGAGGCGUCAUAUCAGCUGAUGAGCGUCUAUGAUGUUGGGGAUCACCGACAGGCCAUAUGUGAGUUUUGCAGGCACUCCCACCCCCCUGUGGGUGGUGUACCGCUGUGUGACCCUCAAUUCGCAUACUUUAGAUGCCAAUGUCAGUCCUGCGCGUACGUACCAGCGCCGCAUCCGCUUCCGCCAUCAAAUGUCCUGACAACACUGGCCAUUCAAAAAAUGCUGAAGGAAGGCAUUAUUAUAGUCAUGUUGUCUUGGCUCAAACGCAGAGAAUUGGCCGUCGUCAACGCUGUUGGACGUUUGGCACUGAAGAUCCCUGUCCCGGUGGAGGUGCCGCGCGCCCUUUACCGUGCGCUACUGGAGCAAAAUCUCCUCGGAUACGAAGAUGCUGUGCUUGCCAUAGCCGUCCAGUCGCACCUGCCCGUCGUGCGAGAGAUGCAGCGGGAUCACCCAUCUGCCGCGAUAUCGCAGUACUUGUCACGCCUACCUGGAUUCAGGGUUGCCGCCUUCGCCGAGGCAACGCCCGGCAAGGGCUCACAGUGUGAGGAUGUUGAUGGACUCACACCGUCGCCUGAUGCCACUAUGGAAAAAGAUGGACUGUGCGAGCCGCUGCCGUAUAGGGCAUCGCUACCGCUCAUCGGUCUUUUUGCCGGACCGCAAUGA